AGAGUCCAGACACACACAUGACGCAUACGCACUGAAAGACAUCGCAUUGGUACACUAGCUCCCUUGUUGCCUAGCGCAGUACUGAAACUGAGCGUUGAGAGCUGGGCGGUACUCGGUGCAGUACGCCAGUACCCGUCUCCUCUCCUCUCCUCUCAUAUCUCCUCCUGAGAAGGAUAGACCUCUCCAGCUAUAAUCAGAGGAUAACUUGGGAGAGCCGAUACACAUCGAGAUGGAGCAUGUUGCGAGGUUCUUCUUCGGGGUCUGCGGCAAUGUCAUUGCUCUGUUCCUCUUCCUGUCUCCGGUGGUCACCUUCUGGAGGAUCAUCAAGAGGAAAUCGACGGAGGACUUCUCCGGCGUGCCAUACAACAUGACGCUGCUCAACUGCCUCCUAUCGGCAUGGUACGGUCUGCCGUUCGUGUCCCCGAACAACAUCCUGGUGACGACGAUCAACGGGACGGGGUCGGCGAUCGAGAUCAUCUACGUGGUGAUCUUCCUCAUCUACGCGGAGCGCAAGUCCAGGCACCGGAUGCUGGGACUCCUGGGCGUCGUCACCACCAUCUUCACCACGGUGGUGCUGGUCUCCCUGCUGGCGCUCCACGGCAAGGGCCGCAAGGUCUUCUGCGGCCUCGCCGCCACCGUCUUCUCCAUCUGCAUGUACGCGUCGCCGCUCUCCAUCAUGAGGCUGGUGGUGAAGACGAAGAGCGUGGAGUUCAUGCCGUUCCUGCUGUCCCUCUCCGUCUUCCUCUGCGGCACCUCAUGGUUCAUCUACGGCUUGCUCGGCCUCGACCCAUUUAUCUACAUCCCCAACGGGUGCGGGAGCUUCCUGGGCCUGGUGCAGCUCAUCCUCUACGCCAUCUACCGGAAGAACAAAGGCCCCGCCGCCGCACCAGCCGGCAAGGGUGACCCCGCAGAAACGGUCGACGAGGUGGAGGACGCCAAGAAAGCAGCCGCCACGGUGGAGAUGGCAGAGGCCAAGAUCAAGGUCGCCGACACUGUCGCCGCCGACGAGGCGGCCGUCGCAGCCCAGGUGUAGCCGUCGCAGAACCAAUGGACGUACGGGACGUUAGCAGCAUAAGGACGCUGCUCAAUUAAGUAGUCGUUGUUAAGCAGAUUGCUGGCUUUGUUCUGUUGAUUUGUUUCUUGGCUUGGUACAUUUGCCGCAAGCUGUGCGUAGCUCUCUUCCCGAAGGCCAAACUAAGAUGUACUAUGAUAUGAUGGGCCAUGGCAGGGAGAAUGACGCUGCAUGAACUGUACGCUAAGCUGUAUUUGCAAGUGUGAAGUUCUUGCUUCUUCUCUGCCA